AUGGCUGAUACUACAAAUACAACACCAUUAGGUAUCCUUUCUCCAUGUGACUCUUGUUUCACGUUGAGACCAGUGAACCAACCGCAACAGUAUAAUCCAGAUUACGUUAUAUGCUAUUUGCAAGCAAGACUAGCCGGUGAGGGUGCUGCUACUAAUACUCGUGUCUAUAUUAAUGAUGAAAAUGAUGAAAAUGAUGAAACAAGAGCCAACGAAACAAGAGCCAGAUCCAAUACCGUAACAAGUAACAGGAGUCAGAAUGAAGACCACAUUGAAAUAACCAUCAUCUAUAACCAUCACGAUAUCAAUAUCAAGCUUUCUUCGAUCCUAAGUCUCAUCAAUAGUCAUUCAAUCAAUAAAGUCACCUCUGAAGAACUCACAAUAAACCACUUAUUCCUAUACUUGUUCUAUCAUCAAUUUGUAUUGUUUCAACAAACAUUCAUGAUACACCAACUAAGUUUGAUCCAUUUGGGAAGAUUAUAUAAGUUCAAGUUCAACACAAUAACGACGAAUAAAAAUAUGGAGCAAAGUCUACUAAAAGAUUUGAAAAUUAAUGAAUUUCCUAAAUUUUUAUUAAACAUAAAAGCAAACCCCGAUGGUACCACUGCUGCUGAUAGCCACAUUAUUUCGCGUUCUACUUACAAAAAAGAGGCGAAUGAGUUUUUAGAUGUGGUUGGGUUUCUCAAGAGGUACCAGAAUUUCAAAGAUCAAAGUACCGGUAACGUCACUUAUGUUGAUGCUUUGAAAAUGAGAUUAAGGAGGAAAAACAGUGCUGAUACAAACAGAUCUUUACUCAGCAGAACAUCAAACUCAUCAGGAACAACCACCACAACUGAAAGUGUCGAGAAUCCAAGAAUGAAACCUUCUGCAAAGCAUAACAUAAAGAGGAGAAAAUUGAAAAAUGGAUUGGUUAGAAUACUCAAAAGUAUCUGUGUGUAA